GAACGGCAGGCGCCGGGCUACCGCCACGCUCUCAAUGGCGCCCGGAAGGGGGCGGGGUGGCGACCGCAGUCCCUUUGGCUGAGGUGCUGCGAUGAAGGAAGGGGGGCAGCGUGCGUCAUCAGUAUGCGCCACUUGACUCCCGAGACCCUGGGUUUGGAGUGGGAAGUGAGGUGUGGGAAGUCUGUCGCUUUCUGAUGAAUUAAUCGGCUGUGGAAUUUGGACCCGAGGGGAAUCUGGCCCCAGGAGGCUGGUUCUUGCAUCUUAAACCCCUUUCUCGGGAGGACGGAAGGUUCGACAGGUUUGCCUGUCAUGCGUGUAGAAUCUGACUGCAGGAGAUAGAAUUAGUUCUCAGUAAUGGGAAGAACCUACAUCGUAGAAGAGGCUGUUGGCCAAUAUCUUUCAAACAUAAAUCUUCAAGGAAAGGCUUUUGUCUCUGGUCUUUUAAUUGGACAGUGUUCUUCACAAAAGGAUUAUGUCAUUCUUGCCACUAGAACGCCACCCAAAGAGGAACAAAAUGAGAACCUCAAACAUCAACAAAAAGCUAAGUUAAAUAACUUGGAUGAAGAAUGGGCCACAGAACAUGCCAACCAGGUGUCCAGAAUGCUACCAGGGGGACUUUUAGUUCUUGGAGUAUUUAUCAUUACAACUUUAGAAAUGGGAAAUGAUUUUCAAAAUGCCCUGCGUAGACUAGUAUUUGCUAUGGAAAAAUCUAUGAAUAAAAGGAGACUGUGGAAUUUCACAGAAGAGGAAGUCUCAGAACGAGUGACACUUCACGUUUGCUCUUCUACAAAAAAAAUAUUUUGUCGAACUUAUGAUAUCCAUGAUCCAAAGAGUUCAGCAAAACCAGCAGAUUGGAAGUAUCAAAAUGGACUAUCAACUUCAUGGCUUUCUUUAGAGUGUACAGUUCAUAUUAAUAUUCACAUCCCGCUGUCUACUACUUCAGUCAGCUAUACUUUGGAGAAAAAUACAAAGAAUGGACUUGUACGCUGGGCCAAGCAAAUAGAAAAUGGUGUUUAUUUGAUUAAUGGACAAGUUAAAGAUGAAGAUUGUGACCUGUUAGAAGGGCAGAAAAAAUCUUCUAGAGGAAAUGUUCAAGCGACUAGUCAUUGUUUUGAUGUCAAAGUGCUAACACAUUUGCUUCUGAAUUCAGACCGCAGAUCCACAGCCACAGUCCAGAUCUGCAGUGGCUCGGUAAACCUUAAGGGUGCCGUGAAAUGCAGAGCUUAUAUUCAUAGCAGUAAACCCAAGGUUAAAGAUGCUGUGCAGGCAAUGAAGAGAGAUAUAUUGAAUACAGUUGCAGAUCGUUGUGAAAUACUAUUUGAGGAUCUGCUUUUGAAUGAAGUUCCAGAAAAAAAAGAUUCUGAAAAAGAGUUUCACAUCCUCCCUCACCGAGUUUUUGUCCCCAUUCCGGGAUCCACUAUAAUGUUAUGUGAUUAUAAAUUUGGUGAUGAGUCAGCUGAAGAAAUGAGAGACCAUUUUAUAGAGAUGUUAGAUCAUAUGAUUCAAAUAGAAGAUUUGGAAAUUGCAGAGGAAAUAAACACAGCUUGUAUGAGGUACUCUGUGAAUACUGAAGCUUCAUUGGACAGCACAGAUGAUGAACAUCCUGAAAAACCAAUUAAAACUAGAAUAAUAAUGAAAAUUCAGCAAAACAUAGGCGUGAUUGCAGCGGUUGCAGUUGCAGUCCUUGCUGCGGGGAUCUCCUUUCACUACUUCAGUGAUUAGGGUGAGACACAAAGAGCUUCCUGAUCAUCCAGAGAACACUGACCAACAAUUAUGAAUCAUAAAGAUGCAGACCAUCCAUCUACAUUUCAGACAGUAGCAGCCAGAUCUGCUGCCAAUAAUGCCUACUAGGUGUGUUUCUGACUAAAUGGAAAUCACUAGCUGCCUCAUUUAGCCCUGCUUAUAUUAUAGAUGGCUUAGGCUUGCAAAAAUAAAGUUGUGCAUAUAGAUGGAAGUUGCAUGUCACAAAUCCUUAUUAUCUAUUUUCAAAAAUGUUCAAAAUGAUGGCUUACUUUCAUAGAUUUUAGUCCUCUUGAUCUGGAUUGCAUAUUGAUCAGGAUAUUGAAAACGUGAAUAGUCAGGGUUGACUGUAUAUCUUAGUAAUAGAAUAACUGGAGAAAUUUCUAAGAAGUGGGGCAACUACCUAUUAGGUGAACUCAUAAUCUAGGACCUUUCUAAGGCAUACUCAGUUACAAAAUACUGAUUGAGUUCUGGUCAAGGGGUAAGGCAACCUUUUCAGAGAGGUUUGAGUUGGUAAGGAUUGCCAUAAAUCAUGUGCUUUCUCAGGUUAGCAUAUCAUACAUGUUUUAAUAUAUUAGACAUUUACUUCUAGUGGUACAUUAGACUAGGUACUACAAAACUAAAUCCUGAAUAAAACCUACUUUUGAAUGCAUUAAUCGGCUCAAAGACAGUAGGGAAGUUUCUGAGAAUCAUACCUCUAUUUUGACUCCCCCACAAAAAUGAACACAUUUUGAGUUGGGAAUUGUGAAUACUCUAUUAAACAUGCAAGUGGGCAGUGGUUACUCAGAUGGCAAAUACUAGUUGCAACACUGCCAGUAUGCAAUUUGCCUUGGACUAGAAACAGGGAGAUGAAUCUGAAUCUGACAUGCUGUCCUAGCCAGUACAGUUGAAGUUGCUACCCAGUUUAUAGUAUCCUAUAAAUACUUCUGGCAGAAGCAAGAUACAGCCUCAAGAUUUCCAUAGAUUAUGAUAAAGCAGUAUAGAUUACCAGUGCAAAUCGAAACCAGCUAGCAUGAGAAAGCUUCCAUAGAAAUAAUAAGCUUUGGAUUCAGUUCUCCAAGGUCUCAUCACCAACUUCUAUGAAAGAUGGAACCACAGGCACAAAUGAGAACUAAAGAACUGCUAAAAAUGAAAAAAAUGUUACUUGAAAUUAAAAAAAAACCAAAACCUCAAGCAUGUUGAAUAUCAUGUUAGACUCAACUGAAGACACAAUAAAUAAACUGUAAGUGAGUUCUAAAGAAAUUAUCCAGUGCUCAGCAAGGAGAAACAAGGAACAAGAAAAUAAAAAUAUUAAAGAGAAGUUAAGAGAUAUGGAGAGAAGAAUUACAAAGACUAGAAGUAUUACGAGGAAAGAAUAGAGAGGGGUGGAGGAGUGGCAAGAUUUGAAGAUAACUAUUUUCCAGAUUUGUUGGAAAAAUAUGACUUCAUGAUUUCAGGAAAUGUAUUAUAUCCCAGGCAUAUAUGGAUCAAAUCCAUGCCUAACCCAAAGUAUUAGAACAAAAAGGUAACCAAAUACAAGAUUUUAAAAGCAAUCAAAGGGACAAAAAGAUCACCAAUGAAGGCAAGACAGUCACAUACUUAGUAGGCUUCUCAAUAGCAACAAUGUACCCAAAAGAUGAUGGAUUCAAAAUUAUGAGAAAAACUAAUUAUCAACUUAGAAUUUAUAUGAAGCAAAACUGAAAUGUUCUGAUGAAAAACAGAUUUUUGCCAUCAACAGACUUUCGCUAAAGAAACUGCAAAAGGAUGAUCUUCAAGAAGGAAAAUGAUUCCAUAAGGAUGAUCUGAAAUUGAAGGACUAGUGAACAAAUAAAGUGAUAAACAUGUAAAUCAAGUGUUGUUAAUAAAAAACAAUUGUAAUGAAAAAAGUGUUUUUAAGAAGUAAAACUGUAAAAAAAAAUGUAAAACUAAAUAAACAUUUUAUGCAACAUGAA